AGCACCGCCGGUGAGAAUCAGACAUCGAGGUGUUGGGCUGAAUUAAUAUCCUGGGAGCCUCGUGCCUUCGUCUACCACAAUUUCCUCAGCAAGACAGAGUGCGAGCACUUGAUCAGUCAGGCCAAGCCUCAAUUGGCGAGGUCGAAGGUUUUCUGUUCAGAAACUCGGAUGAACAUAGAGAGCAGACUCAGCAAUCGUACAAGCUCACAAGGAUCUGUAGGCUCGAGCAAUGUCGUUACGGACAUUGAGAAACGGAUUGCUGAUUUCACAUCCAUACCUGUAGAGAAUGGGGAACGUCUUCAUGUCGUUCACUAUGAAGUCGGGCAGAAAUUCGAGCCCCACUUUGACUACUCCCCGAGCGAUUACUACGACAAGACUGGGGGAGCACGCGCAGCUUCUGUUCUUAUGUACCUGUCGGAUGUUGAAGAAGGUGGUGAGACAGUUUUCCCUUUUGCUAAACCAAUCGAUUACAGUAGCAGCAGCGAGAAGAAGAGAAAGAGAUUAGGGCUUUCGGUGAAGCCUAAGAUGGGCGAUGCAUUGGUUUUCUGGAACAUAAAACCUGAUGGCAAUGUGGAUCCUUGCAGUAAGCAUGCUGGUUCUGCUGUGAUUAAAGGGGACAAGUGGUUAGCUCUUAAUUUUAUGCGAGUGAAUAAGCGUAAGGUUCAGAAUGGAUAG